AUGGCUGGAAGUAUUCACUUGCAAAUCCUGCUUCCAGCGAAGUACGCAAAAUCGACGUCCGAUAUCAUCGGAAACCUCGCAUCACACUUGACGUUCAAGAUUCUCAAACACCUCCCUGUCCAAGAGCUCCUCCCUGUAGAGCCUGUCUCAAAGAAGUGGCAAGAAGCAGCUCACAUGCCCGCCAUAUGGAAGCACACUGCUGCUUGA